AUGGGGAGGGAUGGGGUGAGUGCGGGAGAUGCUAGGCGGAAGGGGAAUGAGCACGGGGAGGAGGAAGGGGGACGCAAGGGGCAUGGGGCAAUGGGCAGGCGGCAUGGGGUGGCGGCGGCAUGGGCAUGGGGUGGCGGCAUGGGGUGGCGGCAUGGGGUGGCGGCAUGGGGUGGCGGCAUGGGCGGCGGACGGGGAGCAGCGGGCACGGUGCAGAGGUCAGGGGGCACGGUGCAGAGGUCAGGGGGCACGGUGCAGAGGUCAGGGGGCACGGUGCAGAGGUCAGGGGGCACGGUGCAGAGGUCAGGGGGCACGGUGCAGAGGUCAGGGGGCACAGCACAAGGGCGGGCGGCAGGCGGCUCACACUUGAGUCGUCGAAGCGCGGCGAGCAGCAUGGUGGUGGUGGCAUCGGCGCUCUGCUCCUGCGCCUCCUCCCACCGCCCCACCUCCUCCUGCCCCGUUGCGUGUCGUGGCGGGUGGGGGCAUGGGCGGGUUCGUGCAUGGAGAGUGCGUGCAUGGGCGGGUGGGUGCAUGGGAGAGGCAGGCAAGGGGAAUGAGGUGAGUGGGGCACGGGCAGCAGACAGGGCAAUGGCAGAGAGGAGAAGUAAGAAAGAAGGGAGGGCAGGUGUCAAGUGCAGCAGGCGGGGCGCGGUGCCUCAAUUCCCAUGGCGGGCGUGGGAGGUGAAGGAAAGAGCGCGCAGGGCGGAGAGGAGUACAGGGCGGAAGCGGAGGAGCGCGGAGAGAAGCGCGAGCAGGGCGAGCAGCGGCAGCGCGGAGUCGAGGAAUCCGCGCAGGAACGCGGCGGCGCCGCGCAUGGCGCCGCUGCGGGAGGCCGUGCCGCCCGCCAGAAGCGCGAAUGGCGGAGUGGAGGAGAGGGAAGUCGUCGGGGGUUCCGCGCGGAGCUCCGGCGCCGGAACAAAGCGCGCAGCGGCGGAGAAGAGGCGGGAUAGGCGUGAGGGGCUCUCCUGGGGAGACGAGAGGCGGGAAGAGCACGAGAGUGAUUUGGCAGAGGAGGAGCCGCAGAGAAAAGCCGAGGAUCGAUAA